CGGUAAAAAUGAUGGACAAUAUGGCGCCGGGUGUAGAUUUAGCUUCUGGAUCUGUCGUUGUGUAAAAGACCGGCGAUCCGACAGGAUGAACCUCUGCGCCCAGUAUUUACGGCAGGCAGAGGCCCUGAAAGCUGACAUGACAGAUUCUAAGCUCGGUGCUGCAGAGGUGUGGACAUCACGGCAAGCUCUUCAGGACCUGUACCAGAAAAUGCUGGUGACAGACCUGGAGUAUGCCCUGGACAAGAAAGUGGAACAAGACCUCUGGAACCAUGCCUUUAAGAAUCAGAUAACAUCACUACAGAGUCAGGCCAAAAACAGAGCCAACCCGAAUCGAAGUGAAGUACAGGCCAAUCUCUCCCUUUUUCUUGAGGCAGCUAGUGGAUUCUACACACAGUUAUUACAAGAGCUGUGCACGGUGUUCAAUGUGGAUCUGCCUUGUCGUGUGAAAUCAUCUCAACUUGGCAUCAUCAGCAAUAAACAGAGCAGCACCAGCGCCAUAGUGAAACCGCAGCCCAGCUCCUGCUCCUAUAUCUGCCAGCAUUGUCUCGUCCACCUCGGGGACAUUGCACGUUAUCGCAACCAGACCAGCCAAGCGGAGUCUUAUUAUAGACACGCAGCUCAGCUUGUUCCUUCAAACGGUCAACCUUACAAUCAGUUGGCCAUUCUGGCCUCCUCCAAAGGAGACCACCUCACAACAAUCUUCUACUACUGCAGAAGCAUUGCUGUCAAGUUUCCCUUUCCAGCAGCUUCCACCAACCUGCAGAAAGCACUAUCUAAAGCUCUUGAGAGCCGUGACGAGGUCAAAACAAAAUGGAGCGUGUCUGAUUUCAUUAAGGCCUUCAUCAAGUUCCACGGCCAUGUUUACUUAAGCAAAAGCCUGGAGAAGCUCAACGCACUGAGGGAGAAGCUGGAGGAGCAGUUUCAGAGGCUGAUUCUCCAGAAGGCCUUCAGCUCUCAGCAGCUGGUCCACAUCACAGUUAUUAACCUGUUUGAGCUACACCACCUCCGAGACUUCAGCAACGAGACUGAUGACCAGAGCUUCAGCUCGGAUGAGCAGAUCAGCUGGAUACAGCUCCUUGGCCUUUUCAUGUCUUUCCUAGGUGUGAUGUGCAGCCGAGCCUUACUGAAUAAGAACCAAGAGGAGAUCAUGGGGGAGUGCCCACUCCCAGCCAUCAAAGUGUCCCUGGAUUGGCUGAAGCUGCGGCCUGGUGUCUUUACUGAGAGUGCUGUUGACCAGAGACAAUAUAUUUGGCCUUGGCUGGUGUCUAUUCUUAACAGCUUCCAGCCCAAGGAGGAGGAUGUGUCAAAUCCAUCAGCAACUCCACUCCCAGAAGAGUUUGAGCUGCAAGGCUUUCUGGCUCUCCGGUCUGCCUUAAGGGUGCUGGACUUUUCCAAGGGGCACCAGGGCAUUGCGGUUGGAAAAGACAGCCUCAUAGUUCAUGCACGACAGCAGAGGCUCAUCAACUUGGGCAAGUGGGUGGCAGACAAUCAGCCUGGUCUGAUCCAAUGUCGCAUCAACGACGGCCUGCUCCUCUUCCUCACGGAUAUCCCUGAGCUUGUGGUGGAGGAGCCACAGGAGAAGGACCCUCCUGUUCUGCAGGAGUCAUCCAAUGGCGAGCAGACCUCGCAUGAUGGAUCGCUUGGCCUCAAGUCGGUGCUUUCAGUGGGGAAGAGUCAGAACAGCAGCCUGGAUCCUGGCGAGAGGCCCGUGGUCACGUUCAAGGAAAACAUUAAACCACGUGAGCAGAGCCGAGAGCAGGGCCGCAGCCAGCACCUGAGGGAUGGAGGCAAGGAGCGAACCAGCUUCAACAAAGGCAAUGGAGCACCAGGAAAGAACGAGCCGAAAAAAGAUGGCAAGCGGAAGAGUGAAGCAAAGAAAAACAGCCAUGAGAAAGCGUCUGAUACAGGGAAACAGGUAAAAUCUCAGUCUGAAAUGAGGAAGACUCCAGUGUCGGAAUUGAGGAAGACCCCAGUCACACAGACUCAGACUACCUGCUCUUCACAGUUUAUCCCCAUUCAUCAUCCAGGAGCCUUUCCCCCUCUCCCCAGCCGGCCAGGUUUUCCCCCUCCAGCAUACGUGAUCCCACCCCCUGUGGCCUUCUCCAUGAACCCAGGGUUCACUUUCCCUACAGGUGUGUCUGUUACCACCCCCUUCCUGCAGCCUGCCUCCCACCCUCAGUCUGCCAGCCAAGUGCCGUCUGGGAAGCCCUCGCACAUUCCCUACAGCCAGCAAAGGCCCUCUGGCCCUGGGGCUCUCGCCCAGGGGCCACCCCAAGCCCAACCUCAACCACAGCCUCAGCCCCAGCAGGCACAGCCACCCCCUCCACAGCCUUCCAAGCAAGCCUUGCAGCAGACUGUGCAGCUUCAGGUGCAGCAGCAGCAACAGCAGCAGCAGUCACCCACCAAGCAGAGCUCUCAGCUGGGCAAGAGCCCUCCACACCACACUGGCAUGCAGCCAUACAUGCCAGUGUCUGAGCAGGCAGGGCAGAUGUGGAGCCAGCACCAGACUCAGCCUGCAAUACCCAAGAUGCCCAUGCCAGUCAAACAGCCUUUCUUCAUGCCUGCCCAGGACCCCAUGAAGCUCUUUGAGCACUCUAUGUCAUCAGCCGUGUCCAUGCAGCAACCUCAGCCCAGCAUUGACAAGAAGAUGACAUUCCCAGAGGUCAAAAUGCAGGAUUUCUACUGGGAGCCACCAUACCGUAUGGGUGAGGGCAGGGGCAGCAUGGGAGACAGGAUGGGCAAGCACCAGCCUGGAGUUUUCUGCCCGGACCAGGAGAAUACACCUAGAGGCCCACCAUAUGAGGACAACAAGAGCUCUCCUCUUCUUCCUCCAGACCUGUUAAAAACUCUGGCGGACUUUGAGGAGGAGGAGGAGCUGGUCUUUACUAAGCCUCAUGAUUUCUACCAGGCCUUGGCCAGCCCUCUUAACUCUGCUCCUGGAAGGAACAUGUUUUUAUCAAACCAGUCAAGGCUAGACAGUGGGCCUGAGGUAAUGAGCCAGUCCUCUCUAUUACAUCGCUCUGUCUUUCCUGUUCAGGAGAACUCCUACCAAAACAACAGCAUCUUCAGUGAGGCCUAUGGCAAAAACAUGGCACCCACACCAAAACCUGAUGUGCCCAUGAUACACCAAGAGCCCUCCUUGUAUUCCUUGUUCGAAGGAAAUCCAUGGUCUCCCUCCCUCCCUGCCAGCUCAGACCACUCAACCCCAGCCAGCCAGUCACCCCACUCCUCCAACCCAAGCAGUCUGCCAUCAUCGCCACCCACCCAUAGCCAUGGUGCUUUGCCCUUCUCCAACUUCGGCCCCAUUGGCACACCAGACAGCCGUGACCGCAGAGUGGCUGAUCGCUGGAAGACUGAAAAGACAGGUGUGAGUGGCUUUGGGUUGGACUAUCUGCCCACCGCCCCCGCCUCCUCUGCCUCAGAGCCGAACAGCUGGCACCAGGGUGCUCCCACCAGCAGCUGGGCAGCCCAGGACAUGCCCAUGGAGGACUCGUCCACCGUCCUCCUCGACAGCUUUAAGUCAAUCUGGUCCAGCUCGAUGAUGCAGCCGGGCCCGUCAGCACUGGAGCAGCUCCUCAUGCAGCAGAAGCAGAAGCAGCAGCGUGGCCACGGCACCAUGAACCCACCGCACUGAGGGGCCCACGGGCGCAAGCACUUGUGUGAAAACCGUACUGAAGAAGAGGAGGUGCAGAACCACAAGCUCCAAUCGGAAAUGUUUUUUUCCGGCGUUACCUGCGUGUGGAGGCUGGAGACGGCGGCCAAAGCGGACCGACAGGCUCCAAAACCAACCGCUCGCCUGAAACCGACGAGGGAGGUGCAGCCCUCUCCUCUCUCUCUCUCUCUCUCUCUCUCUCUCUCUCUCUCUCUCUCUCUCUCUGUCUCUCUGUCUCUCUCUCUCUCUCUCUGCCUCUGUGGCAAGGAGGGGCGUAAGAGCACCUGACCCGCCGCGCUGCUCAGCACGUAGCCGCUGCAGAAACACUGACUCAGAGGGCAGACUCUGAGGAGACUUCCAUUCUGAUAGCCACCCUGCUUCCUCUGGGGGUCAGAGGUACUUCUCCUGGCUCACUUGGGCUCUAUAACUCUGGACUGGACCACCAUCAAAACAGAAAAAAAACAAACAAAAAAAAAAAUACCUGCUUUUACCUGCUCUGUGUGACCAUUGUGCAGCAUACACGGGAGAGGAAGAGGGUGUGGAUGUUACAGUGUGUGUGUUUGUGUGUAUGUGUGUGCAGAAGGUGGAGUUUUAUGGACAGGUAGGAAUGGCAGUGAGCAAAACGGACCUUUUUUUCUGAAGUCUGGACAUGUUUUUUUUCUGGAGGAGGGCUUUGUGUAGCUUGGGGCAGGUGGGUAUUAAUGGGAAGAGAGAAUUGUGGACCGUAUUCACUGCAGUUGAUGUAACAAGUGUGCCUCUGUAUGGACUGCACACAGACAAUAGGACGUAGUUUGAUCGGGCAUGGAUUAUGGUUUCGCUGUGAUGUCUGGUCUGCUCAUUUCUUGGAAGUUUUUUUUUUUUUUUGUUGUUCUGUUUCUUUUUUUUCCUUUUUAAAGAAGUGGGCAGAUUUAAGGUACUUCUGCCUCUGCUAGAAGGCAGAACUGCUAUGAAUUGUAUCAUGACAUAGCUUAAAAAAAGAAACCGAAUGGAGGUAGGGCUUAGAAUAUAGCUAUAGAGUGUAGUAUCAUUAGCUGCAAUAGAGAUUGCAUUUAUUAACAAUACUGUAUUUUGUGACUUGUUAUGUAGCAGUUUUAGCUUUGAGAUAUUAUUGGAUUAAUAUGUUCAAUAGUUUACUGCUAAUGGGGAAGUUUUAUUUAUAUAUAUAUAUAUAUAUAUAUAUAUAUAUAUAUAUAUAUAAUAUAAAAAAUAUUCUCCCCACCCCUUCGAGCUCUUCCUCGUUUCUUUGAACACUUUAACUUACUUGCAUAACAGUUCCUUUUGUUCAUGUUCUGCCUUUAAUAGUUUUAAGCGGCUUUACCAGCUCUCUUUGUGCCUGGUCAGUGUUUUUGUUGUUUAUUUUCCUCCUUCCCCCUGCCUUUCUCUCUUUUCUCUGUCUCUCUUUUUUUUUCAAAAGAAUUAUCACCAUCAUGGUUGGCACUGGCGCCGAGAUUGAAAACAAGCAAAACGGGUCCAGCAUCGACGCUGCUGGUUCAGCUGUAUGGGGGCACAAGCAGAGGGACGCUGCUUUAAGGGGCUCGCAGCCACUGAACUAAGGACAAUUCUAUAGCCACUAACAGUAACUCAAUUGGAGAAUACUGAAUAGCCUCCCUGCUACUCCCUGCACUCUUGAUGAAUAGAAAGUGUCAUUUCUUCAGCCAUUGCAGUCUAAAAACAGUAGAAAAGCUUCUUGCGCUGUUCUUGCCACUGUAUUUAACCCAGUGAAAUUGUCUGGUAAACACCUACCAUGCCAACGCUGCACUUGGAUCAGUUCUAGGUGUCACUUGUUGACUGUCUUAGGUUAGUGCUGGCUCUGGACAGGCUGUAGCUCUGUUGGGAUCACCAUUGGGCAAUAAUGCUCUUGGAUAUUGGCUGCAUUUCUCCAGUGUGUGCAAACUAGGGAGAGGAAAAAAAAAAAGUUCUUAUUUUUAAAUCAAUUGGGUCUGAUUUAAUCCAGUGAGACGAUUUCAAAAGCUGAGAUACAGAGCGCUGAGAAAGUGUAGAGCACAGAGUGUAGAGCCCCUGCAGGGCCUUGUUUAAUAGGGAAAGUUUCAGAUAGAGGUCACCGUUGGAUAAGCUUCAGUGUCUGAAUACAUUCAGUGGUUAUUUUUUUUUUCAUUUUUUUUUUCAUGGUUCUACUGCAAAGGUAUUUUUGGACGGAAGGUUACAGGAGCGACAGCUUCUUGUAUGAGGGAAAAGCGCAUUUUUAUUUUCGUGUAGAGAGCAUUUUAUUGACAACUUUAAAUGUCUCUAUUUGCUGUGUGAUUGUGCUUCUUGUUGCAUUUAAAAUGUAUUUAAAGAAAAAUGAUUUAAAAAAAGAGGCAUAACAAAACAAGCUAAACUUUAACAAAGAAAAACUUCUUAUUAUCCAAGCACCGUAAGGCUUUAGGGGGAGCUGUGUGCUAGUUUCGGCCCCGUUUCAUCAACUCAUGGAUUUCCUAUACGGUGUUCUGGUUUGCUUGCUGUAGAAACCUGUCAUUUUUGCAUUUGGAUGGGUGAGGGUUGGUGUGCAAUCUUGACUGAAUGUUCUGUGGAAGCCUUGCCGAUCACUACGUUUAAAAUGUGGAUAGCCUCCCCCUUCUUUGACAGUGGAUGUCUUUUGCUCUGGUGUUGUAUAUUAAAAAAAAUACUGAAAACAGUCUGCACUUUUUGGGCAGUAAUAACAUUCCAAUACAGGAGUCUAAGAAGCAGCCAGCUUACAGCCACAGCACAGAGAAAGCUAUACCACUGAGCGAACGUGCCCAUACUCAUUGUAUGAGAAUCCCUCUUUGGAAAUUCUGCAUGAAAAUACAGCUUCUUGCCUUGUGUAUUUAGGGUGAAGGAGAUAUCCAGUAAAGACUUUUAGAGGAUUUUGCAAGUUAGGUCAGGUGAAGAUGUCUCCUUCUGUAAUCAGCUUGAUUUAUUGUGUUCUCAUUUGUCUGUGGACAUUCAGAAAUGCUGAAAAUCAGCUAUGCCUUUAAUAAAGUAAACCAUGUCCUCUUCA